UGGGAAUGUGCAGACUGCAGAUGCAUUGUCAUAAAUAAAUGACCUGAAAGUAAAUUGAGAGCGAGCUGCGGAAGAAAAAAUAAAAAUGCUCCGUUCUCUCUGCUGUUGCUGCGUCUCGAGUGAAAACUCCGACACCGAGAGGCAACCUCUCCUGCACCCAGCACCUUCUGACCUGAAUGGAGCUGGAUCUGCCCGACAGACCCGGCAAGCACACAAUGAUGCACCGACAGUGAAGCAGAUGGGCAGGCUGGUGAUGAGGCGACUGUGUGUGCCCGAGUUAGACCAGAGGUUUUCUGACAUGGCCGAGACCUUCAACGAACAGCACGAGAGCUACGAAGCCAUGGUCCGGCAUAUCAGAAACCUGCGUCAGAGCUCUGGGUGCAACCACGAUGAUACACUUUCACUGGCCGAGUGUCUGGACACCAUCAGAGAUGAGCAUGAGACCAGGUACAGGGUCUCCCUUAAGAUGAAGGGCUAUGACUUCACCCUCAGUGUGGUUCCUGUGGGUGAAGGUGAGGAGGAGCCACCACCUCCACACCUGCAACUGGCUCAGAAUGAAAUGAAGGGCACCUCUGAGUGUGCCAAAGCCACCGUCUCAAAGGGUACCACACUUCAAGAGUUAGUAGGCUGGCUUCUCCGUAGCAAAGAUCAAAUGGCUGAGCGAGUGAAAGAAGCCGCAGGGACUUACCAGGAGCAAGGACGACUCAAUGAGAACCUGGAGGAGAACCUGAAGGAAGUGAGGAGGGCAAAACAGUUGUCGCUGGGAUACAGAAAUCAGGCCGGGAAGGUCCUCACCGAGGCCGCUCAGCUAGCAGGGACUUGUCUGUAGUUUAUGCAUAUGUUAGAUUGCUAAUUUGAAUCCGUCAAAUACAAUACACAGGUACACAAUUUAAGUGAUUCCCAGAGGUUAUGCACAAUUAUGCACAUGGAAUGUCUUAGAAACGUGCCACAUAAGCUCUUUACUUUGCAGGUUAUUGCAGCCUGCGCAAUAACACAGUAAAUUAUAUUUUUGUUUUGAAUGUUAAAAUUUGGCAGAUAUUCACAUUAACACUAAAUCUGAGUGAAAACAAUAUUUUCCUGGAUUGAUGUAAUCCUUCCAGCUAAAACUAGGGGGCGUUGUAGCCUUACUUUUAUAUUUUAGCAGCUGCCACUUUAGUCCGUUUCUCAGAAAUCCCACUACAUGAAUAAAUAUUCCUUAAAUUACAGAAUCGGAUAUCUAAAGUAAUUGAUGUGUUACUGUGUUUUAGAAAGUUAUACUUGAUUAGACACUUGCAGAUCUUUUCGAUAAGGAAAUAUUUUUCUAAUUUCUUCCAUAAUGCACUAUCGGGAUCGGGUUGUCUCAGCAGUAAUGGCACAGGAAUUGUGACUGUCUCUGUAGUAUUUUGCUAAUCUAACAUUCGGAGGAAACAGAUUUGCUGAUUGUUAUCCACAUAAAAACAACGUCCCAUCUGCUAUUAAUGUGAAAGCAAACCAACACAUGUUCAUAUGUCAUCUUGAUAAUUAAUUUAGGAAAAUCCAUUGUUCCCGAGGUCAUGAUCAAGUGGUCAUGCAUUAUUUAAAUCGUACUACAUUGAUUCCUGCUUUUGCCUUACACUUUAAGGAUGAAUGUGGACUAAUGUAGCAAGUAAAAUCUGUAGAUGGAUUAAAGUAAAUUGAAAAGAUUGAAGAAUAUUUUUGAUUUCGUUAAUAGGCUAUAGGCUAUAUUGGUUAUGUCCUAUAACUUUUAAAUCCUUAUUUGUGCGAGAACAUUUUUUAUAAAUAAUCAUGUUUAAAAUUCCAAUAUAUGAAUCAUAUGCACUUACUGAAUUAUGCCCAUUCCAUUGCAGUUUAUUUGCUGCAUUAUGAUCAAUUAUGACUAGAAUGCAGUCAUAAAACAACCGUCAAUAAAUUAUUUAUGGGACUCUUUAGAAGCGUCUGUGGUAAAUAACUGCUGUCAAAGAGCAGUGACUGACAGCGACAACCUACCAAAGUCGUUAAAGUUAUUAACAAACAGUCAAGAGUCUUGAACUUGAUUGGAUGCUACUUUUAGGGGGCGCGGCAGGUAGAUGAUAUACUACUCUCUCAUUGGGUCAGACGCCUGUCACUCUGUGGUUCCGCGUCUAAGGUUGUAUGAGUAGAGAAAGUAAUGAAGAUGGAAGGAGCUGAUGCUGAUGAAUUAUUGAGGAGAUUCAUGGAGUAGCGGAGUGAUAGCAGUGUACUCGUCUCAUCGGAACGAUAGAUGACAGCGACGCCA